CAACACCGGUGAAAGUUUUUCUUCUGAUGCCGUGCAGCUCUGAACACAGUGAUGGGCAGGUGGGACCCAAAUGCAGUAUGCCAGCAGAGAGUCAAGGAAUACUGAUGGCCAACAUGUCUGGCCCUUUGACCUUUGUUGAUAUGCAGACCAUCAAACUGGCCUUUACAUGGGAAAGGGUCUUAAAGAUGUGCUUGGUGGUGUUUACACAAUUGCUCUUCAUUUACAUUAAUAUUGUGAUGCUGUUCACCCUGCGCACCAAAGCCAUCUUCCGUGAGACGCCACGCUACAUUCUGUUUACCCACAUGCUCUUGAAUGAUACCAUUCAUUUGUUGAUUGCCUUGCUGCUCUACAUGCUCAGUUCCCUCUACUUUGUGAUGGUGCGUGCUGCUUGUGCCUGCAUUGUGAUUCUGUCUACAUCAACAUUUGUAAAUGCACCGCUGAACCUGGCUCUCAUGUCCCUGGAGAGGUACACGGCCAUCUGCUUCCCACUGCGGCACACCGAGUUGGCUACGCCGGCACGAGUGUAUGCAGCUGUGGCUAUGGUUUGGGUUUUGGGCCUCACUGAUGUUCUAACUGAUGUAUUUGCUCUCUUCCUCCUUUCAGAGCCAUCAUAUUACUUGUCACCUACAGUGUGUACCAUUGCACAACUCAUAGUUGCUCCCUGGCAGCAGGGCAGGAGUGUGAUAUUCAAAGCUCUGCUGUUCAUCAUAGUGGCCAUUGUGUUGCUCUAUACAUAUGUGGCCAUCCUGCGGCAGGCCCGUAACGCCUCCUCUAACACCUCUUCUGCCCAGAAGGCCUUGCGCACUGUGAUAUUGCACUCAUUGCAGCUUGGCCUCUCACUCAUGUCAUUUCUCUAUGAGUAUAUAGAGUCGAUGAUUUUAAGCCUGCCACUUGCCAUAUACAUACAGGUGCGCUUCUUUAUCUUCUUUGUAGUUCUGAUCCUGCCACGCUGCCUCAGCUCACUCAUCUAUGGUCUGAGGGACGACACCUUCAGGCCAUUGUUCAAACUGAAUUUCCUGUACUGUGGCACAAAGAAAGUUGUGCCAUUAGUGACUCUUAUUAAAAACUAAUGAUGAAACAAGUACAAUUAUCUGUUUCUUUGACAUGUAUGUGAAUAAAUGUAUACAUGUAUUUCUGUAGAUACAGUAGAUACACAAAAGAUAGGGUCUUUGUGACCCUGAUAAAAAUUCUAAUGAAUGAUGUGUCCAAUGUAAUGAAAAAUAUUUUUGCUGUGUAUUAAUAAAAUAAGCGCUUCAUCCACA